AAAGCUUGCUUUUCACAACGAAGUCCUUCUUCUCUUCUCUCCCACGAAAAAGCUCUCCCACUCAGACUAAGACACAGACACACUUUUCCUAUUUUCACUUCACUCUCAGACAAUCAAUCUCCCAAACACGCCACAUUCAAUCUGCAUAGAGCAAAUCGAUUUGAUUUCAACUCGUCGAUCUUCGAACCAAAAUGGUUGACGUCGACCGGAGGAUGACCGGUCUGAACCCGGCUCACAUAGCCGGCCUCCGCCGCCUCUCCGCCCGAGCCGCCGCGGGACCACCAACCCCCUCCUCAACCGCCACCGCAACAACCCUUCCAGUACGAAACGGCCUUCUCUCGUUCUCUUCUUUGGCCGAGAACGUGACAUCCCACCUCAAAAGCUCCGGUAUCCAGGUCCAGCCGGGUCUAUCCGAAUCCGAGUUCGCCCGAGCAGAAGCGGAGUUCCCCAAAGCCAUUCUCUCGGCUGGGUUGCCGGUGGGCCCGGGCUUCCCCGACUGGCGCGCCGCCGGUGCUCGUCUCCAUCUCAAAGCUUCGCUCGACCUUCCGAUCGCGGCGAUUUCGUUCCAAAUCGCCCGGAACACCCUCUGGUCCAAGUCGUGGGGCCCGAGGCCGUCCGACCCGGAAAAGGCUUUGCGGGUCGCGCGAACCGCUUUGAAGAGGGCUCCGCUUCUGAUACCCAUCUUCAACCAUUGCUACAUUCCUUGUAACCCUUGUUUGGCUGGGAACCCCAUCUUUUUCGUGGAUGAGAACCGGAUCUUUUGUUGCGGGUUGGAUCUAUCCGAUUUCUUCGAGCGCGAGUCUUUGUUUCGAAAAUCGGACUCCGACCCGUAUAUUCUCAAGAAGCAAAGGUCAGUGAGCGAAAAAUCGGCCGGGUCGUCGACUAAUUUCUCGCGAAGGAGCCUGGAUACGGGUUUCGGGUCCGGAGCUAAAACACCGAGAUGGGUCGAGUUCUGGAGCGACGCCGCCGUGGAUCGUCGCCGGAGGAACUCCAACUCGUCUUCAUCGUCUUCCUCGUCGCCGGAGCGGUUCUUCGAUAUGCCAUCGAGGUCCGAAAUCCCGAAAUGGGUGGACGAGUACAUUGAUCAAAUCGGGUCCGCGUUGCGACGCGGCGGAUGGAGCGACUCCGAUAUAUCGGACAUGGUCUCGGUAUCGGCCUCUGGGUUUUUCGAGGGAGAGAUGGUGAUGCUGGACAACCAAGCGGUACUCGACGCUCUGCUCCUCAAAGCGGAUCGGUUCUCGGACUCGCUCCGAAAAGCCGGUUGGAGCUCCGAGGAAGUGUCGGAUGCUUUGGGGUUUAAUUUUCGACCCGAGAAGGAGAAGAAACCGGCUAAGAAGCUGUCUCCGGAGCUCGUGGAAAGAAUAGGGAAACUGGCUGAAUCCGUUUCCCGGUAACUUUUGUCUAUUUUUUUAAUUCUUUUUUUUAAUUUUUCUGGGAAAAUUGAGAGCCUCUGGGCCUCGGGUUUCGGGUUUCGGGUUUCCCCAUCGGGUUAAAGAAAAUGGAAUGCAUUGGGGGGACGCGUUGUACUAUGAAACAAAGCGUAUAAGGAAAAACAAGAUGAAAGAGUUCAAAUUACAAGGAAAUAAUAUAAGAUUAUAUAAA